AUGCGUGUGUCUAUCCCGACCAUCCCACUCUCUUCAACUCCCACUGCCUUCCCUGUUAGCGCCGCAGAGGCCGUUCAGCGUGUUGUCGAGUUCCUCGCUCCUGGAAAUGUCGCCUUGAUCACCGGUGCCGGCGUCAGCGUCGAUUCUGGCAUACGAGCUUACAGAGGCCAUGAUGGGCGGUACAUGAACCCCAAUUACAAACCUAUAUUCUAUCAUGAACUGGUUGAUGAAUCAGAGAAGGGAUUCGCUUUUAGGCAACGAUACUGGUUGCGGUCCUAUCUAGGAUACAAACCCAUCGCGAACGCUGUUCCCAACACUACUCACUAUGCUCUCGCCGCCCUUCAACAUGCCUCAGUCGUUCCCCGUAUCAUCACCCAGAACGUUGAUGGAUUGCACCACAAAGCCCUCUCUCUAUCGAAAAUUAGCCCGGUUCGGAUGCAGCAAGCCAUUCUUGAGCUCCACGGGACACUACAUCGCGUACGCUGCAAACACGGACACCUAGUCGACCGCUCGACCUUCCAGCAUAUGCUCUCUCAAGCUAAUCCGCGAUGGAAAGAAUUCCUGGAUGACGUUGAGAGGACAGGCAAUAGGCUGAGGACGAACCCAGAUGGUGAUGUCGAUGCUGAAAGCCUCGGCGCGUCGUACAGCGACUUCAUCGUCCCAGACUGCCCAGCGUGCCUAUUAUCGGAAAAUCGACGAAAUUCAACGCACAAGCCGGAAGUCAUCUUUUUCGGAGAGUCCAUAUCGCAGCAUGUCAAAGAUAGAUCUUUUCUCGAUAUUGAAUGCUCAGACAGAGUACUGAUAAUAGGCACCACCUUGGCUACGUUCUCUGCAUUUAGACUGCUCAAACAUGCUCUUGAGCUCAAAAAACCUGUUUUGAUGAUUAAUGUCGGGCCUACGCGGGCUGAUAACGUUCCUGGGGUGGAGAAGAUUGAUAUUACCAGUGGCGCGAUAAUGAGGGACGUUGCGCGAGUGUUAUUAGGCAGCCGUGCUCGGGACGAUACUAUAAUCAUGGAGAUGCUGCAGAGUGGGAUCGUUAAACCCCCACCUGACGAUGACGAUGACUAUGCACCCAGGGCUGAGGGAUAGAAUAGUAGAUAUACUGUAGGUGCGAGAGCUUGUAUUUUAUGUAAUCAUACUUUAUUCUUUGGGGUCCAGCAAAAGCUGACCUCUUCCGCAGGUGUUCACUCCUUAACCAAGUAUAAAGACAAAGAUGUAUUGAUGUUGUUCUCUCUUCAGAUUGAGAGACGGAAGAAAUAUCAUCCAUUCAUCCCAUCAUCCUUUUGCGCGUAGUCAUGGUCGGACUGCAAGAUUAGUGUCUUGCGGGAUGCGUUAAGACACUUCGAAGGU